AUUUCAGUUCUUCAUCACCACAAGAGGAUGGGUGCAAUAUCCUGUUUGGCUCUAAUUUUUUUUUAAGAAUAGAUCUUGAGGGAGGAACCAGGCGCAGCAGCAAACCUAAAGGUUCUGAGUCAGGGUAAGCAGAGAAUCAUCCGGCGGCGCAGUCAGGUUAGCAUGGCAUCUGGUACCAGCAUGGAGGCUCCCAUCUGUCUAGUGGAAAAUGAGAAUGAAGAGCUGAAGGUGAAUCCCAAAGCAGUAAAAAUCCUUGAGGAGAUUACUCAGCCUGUGGUGGUGGUGGCCAUUGUGGGACUGUACCGUACAGGGAAGUCCUACCUGAUGAACCGCUUGGCAGGACAGAACCACGGCUUCAAUCUGGGCUCUACAGUGAGGUCUGAGACUAAGGGCAUCUGGAUGUGGUGUGUGCCUCACCCCACCAAGCCACAAUUCAAACUCGUGCUUCUGGAUACAGAAGGUCUAGGUGAUGUGGAAAAGGGUGACUCUAAGAAUGACUCUUGGAUCUUUGCCCUGGCCGUGCUUCUGAGCAGCACCUUUGUCUACAACAGCAUGAGCACCAUCAACCACCAGGCCCUGGAGCAGCUGCACUAUGUCACUGAACUGACAGAGCUGAUCAGGGCAAAAUCCAGGUCAGGGUCUGAAGAAAUGGAUGACUCCUGUGAGUUCGUGAGUUUCUUUCCAGACUUUGUCUGGGCUGUUCGGGAUUUCGUUCUGGAGCUGAAGUUGGAUGGACGCGUCAUCACAGCAGAUGAGUACCUGGAGAAUGCCCUGAAGCUGAUUCCAGGCAGAGGCCUGAAAGCUCAACGUUCUAACAUGCCUAGGGAAUGCAUCAGGCAUUUCUUUCCAAAACGGAAGUGUUUUGUUUUUGAUCGACCUACAAAAGAAACUGAACUCUUAGUCUGUGUUGAGGGAAUACCAGAAAACCAGCUGGAUCAAAAUUUCCAAUUGCAAUCAAAAGCAUUCUGCUCUCACAUCUUCUCCAAUGCAAAGGCCAAGACCUUGAAAGAGGGAAUCAUUGUCAAUGGAAACCGACUGGCAACUCUGGUGACGACCUAUGUGAAUUCCAUCAAUAGUGGAGCAGUUCCUUGUUUGGAGAAUGCAGUGACCACUCUGGCAGAGCGUGAGAACUCCAUAGCUGUGCAGAGGGCGGUUGACCACUACAGUGAGCAGAUGGCCCAGCGAGUGAGGCUCCCCACAGACACGCUCCAGGAGCUGCUGGAUGUGCACACAGCCUGCGAGAAGGAAGCCAUUGCUGUCUUCAUGGAGCACUCCUUCAAGGAUGAUGAUCAGAAAUUCCAGAAGAACUUGGUGACCACUAUAGAGGAAAGGAAGGAAGCUUUCAUGCAACAGAACGAAGCAGAAUCUCUCAGUCUCUGCCAGGCUGAGCUGGAGAAGCUGGCAGAGCCCCUGAGGGAGAGCGUCUCACGUGGAGCUUUCUCUGUUCCUGGUGGCCACAGCCUCUACUUAGAAGCCAGGAAGAAGGUUGAGCAGGGCUAUGAGCAAGUGCCCAGGAAGGGGGUGAAGGCAAAACAUGUCCUUCAGAGCUUCCUACAGUCGCAGGUUACCAUAGAGGACUCCAUCUUGCAGUCAGACAAAGCCCUCACUGAUGGACAGAAGGCCAUGGAAGCUGAGCGGGCUCAGAAGGAGGCGGCGGAACAGGAGCAGGAGCUACUGAGACAGAAACAGGCAGAAAUGCAACAAGUGAUGGAAGCUCAAGAGAGAACCUACAAAGAAAACAUGGCCCAGCUGCAUGAGAAGAUGGAGACUGAGAGGAAGAACCUUCUGAGAGAGCAAGAGGAGAUGCUAGCACACAAGUUGAAGAUCCAAGAAGACAUGCUUAAAGAGGGAUUUAAAAGGGAAUAUGAAGCAAUGGAUUCAGAGAUAAGCCAACUACAAAGGGAGAUUCAAAAAAAUAAGGGUCAGAAUGACUCACUGGAUGCUAAACUCCGUGAAGGGUUUGGAAAUGUGUUACUUUCAGUAUUGCCUGAUGCUGGUAAGGUACUUAAUCUAGGGAUGAAAAUGCUACAAAAUAAAAUGAAAAGGGCAAUGAUUCAUUAGAAAACU